CUUUAGGAAGCUUAUUAUGCUGGACAUUAAAUUCGUUUUGUCACUCUAAACAAGUUUGUUACUUUAAUAAUACAGAAUCAUCAAACAAUUGUUCUAGAAACCUUAUAGACGGAAAACGUAGCUCAGCUGUUGGGGCCUAUUCAAGUCCUUAUGAUUAUGGAAUGCAUUCUAUGAAAAAUUAUAAGUCGUUAUCUCCAGUUACAUCUGAGAAAGAUUUUCGUUUCACAUGUAUUCCGAUUUUGCAUUUGUUGGGCCCUGCGACGGGACAAUUACCUUCCGCUAUUUUGGAAUACGUGGUCCAAGCUGUCUUUUACGCGCUUGAACUAUUAAAGGAACAAAAUUGCAAAAACUCUCACAUAACAUUUCCCGAAUGCUAUGCCAAGCUUUAUUCCCACGUCUUGUUACCUUCCUUAGCUUUAGCAAGACCAACGUUGUCAAUAACUGAAAAAAUAUGGAGGGGUCUUCAACUGUUUAGUGUGAAAGAACGCUAUAGGAUAUACGCAGACUAUUAUUUUAAUGUCAAAAAAAAUAUUCCGUUACUUGUUUCAAGCUCACAAGCUGUUCGCCGCAUAAUUGGUCGUGAAUUAAAACGAGUCACUGCAGAUAAAAGUGAAACUAGUGGCCCUCCUGUACUCUUUACCGCAAGCAAUGCAGGUUUAAGUGUUAUGGGGGAUAUUGUUGUCAAACAGAGAAAAAAAGUUACUCAUAAUGAUAAGACUGUAAUGGAUUCUUUGUUAAAAUUAUGUUGUGCCAAUCCUUUCGAAGUACUGGAUGUCAUUCUUCAUCAUGUUAAGCUCUUUGAUAGUAUGCUUAUUCAAGUUAUCAUAAAUUAUUUACAUAAGCUACCCGACGUUAUUUGCGACAUUACCGUCUUUCUAGUAACCGUUAGGCAACAUUUCUUAGAGUUAUCCGAGCAAGGUGCUUGGUCUCCUGGUACUUUAAAACCUAAACGUGCAAGAAAUAUUGCUCAUUUUAUUGCCCGUUUCAUGAGAAGAUUUCAAUCCGCAAAUGUCAAUCCGUUAUUACUAUCAAUAUCUUCCCGUAUAAUCAAAGAAACUACCUCACCAGCGUAUCCUAAUAAAUUGUCCGGAAAAUACUGUGAUAUUCUUUUUUUAGUGGAACUUAUAACCUAUAUGGGAGGUGUCCCGACACUAUCUACAGAAGAGUUAUCUUCAGAUCAAGUUGACUGUAUCGGCGCUGGGCCAGGACUUCGAGUAAUGAUUUUAAUGGACGAAGAACGACGUGAUGAAUUGUAUCGACCCGGAGCUUUGGAAGCACGUGUCAGACUUCAAACCGCUUUAUUACAAAAAGAUGUUUUUACUACAUUACUCUUCGGAUUAUCAAAACUGAGAUUAGAGGUUCAGUAUGAUUGUCAAUUACUGUGUGAAGAACGAUUUCUUCAAUUAAGAUCUAGAAAUUUGCCAGAAUUUUACCAGCUUUUUCAAAAAUAG